AUGUUGUGCUGGGUGAUGCGGUGCCUCCCGGGGCUCAGCAUCAUUAUCCUGCUGGUGUUGCUGGUUGGUGCCUUUACCGACAGUUUGGGACCGGCCUCGUGGAACUGGCUGUAUCUCUCGCCCAAAAAUAGACUGGAACAGCAGGAAGGGCCAUGGAAAGGUCUCAACAUUGCACAGUGCGUUUUUAUUAGCUAUACAAUCUUCGUUCACCUGAACAUGUUUGGUUUUACCUGUCGUUUGGCCUGGUCUAUCUACCGAGCUAUAGGGGACGCCAAUCUCGCGUUGAACGUGAUUUAUUGCAGUACAGCGCUGCAAGGGAAGACAACGACGCAUAUCGAAAAGUCUGUGUCCCGAAUUUCAGUCGACAUCUCAGGCUCCCUUAAUGAAAAAUCCUACCGUCGCGAUCCGUUAGCCAAUGAUGGUUUCGAGAAAAAAUUGGUCCACGCUAUCAUUCUUCCGAAUUAUCGGGAAGAUAUGUGGACUUUGGAGACAACCUUAAGAGUGCUGGCGAGUCAUCCGCAGGCGAAAGCACAGUACGAGGUCUAUAUCGCCAUGGAACAAAAGGAAGAAACUGCGGCGGAUAAAGCUGCACACCUCGUGUCGCUAUUUGGCAAAUCUUUCUUCGGAAUCCGAUGGACAUCCCAUCCUGCUGGUAUACCAGGGGAGAUUUCAGGGAAAGGGUCUAACGUAGCUUUCGCGGCACGCCGCAUUAUGGAAAUUCAUAGCGCUGAUCUGAAAAAGGACUGUUGUAACGUCGUGGUGACUAUCAUGGACGCGGACACUCAUAUCUCUCGCUGUUACUUCAACGAGAUUGGUCGGCUGCAUCAUGCCCAUUUUCCUGACGCAGCCCGCACAAUUUACUGCUGUCCAAUCAUCUUCGACCGCAACGCACACGAGACUCCCGUCAUACUGGUGACGGGCGCUCCGCACGCUGAUGCCCUGAAACGAAACGGGUAG